AUGGCCGAGACACACUCUUACCCCGAGGACAUCAGAGACUUACUUCCUAACCUUGAUGUUCAAUGUGAAGACCGAUUCAAGGACUCCGAUCUCACAGAUAUUACACAUGUUGUCGUCCAUCUAUCUGAUAUAGUAAUCAAGAACAUCAUGAAUGUUAACGCUGAUAUCUCCCACAAGUACGACACCGAAGAUUAUUUAGAGAUCAUUGGAAAGACGCUGUCUGUGGUGUUCUUCGGCAAUGAAACCCAACUAGAAUGGCUAGGCACCGAGCGCCUUGGUAGACGCAAGUUCAUUGCAUUCACCAACGUCGGAAAGAAGGAGCCGGGUAGUCAAAACCUGAGUGACAGAAAUCAGAAAGUGGUGGAGGUCAUGUUCAUGCGGACCAACCCCCGGGAAAUACAGAAGGCUUUUUGGAGGCCUGCCAGAGAUUUUGUCUUCCACAAGGUUCUGGCUAGAGCGGAGAAAGAGGAGACCGUUCGGGUUCGAGUUAUGAGAACAUUGUAG